AUGAUUCAUGAUGAUAGGACCCACAGUCUCCACACUCCACAUAAAAUUCUAGAAAACGACCUUCUCGACGUUCUAGGGCAUCAGCCUUCGCUGCACAAGUUAUACACCCAAAUAUGCUGUGUAUAUCCCAUCCCCGACCCAUCUGUCCACGACCAUGUUACCAACACCCUAAGAACCGGACUGGACAGACUGGCAGAGGCAUUCCCCUGGCUCGCAGGACAUGUCCUCAACCAAGGCGCAGACAAAGACAUCACUGGAACCUUCCGGAUCAUCCCGUCCGACGAGAUCCCGCUCGUCGUCAAAGAUCUCCGACGGGUCCCUACGGCGCCAACCAUGGAUGCCCUGCGAGAGGCUCGAUAUCCUUUUACCAUGCUUGAUGAACAGCUCAUCGCACCUUGCAUGACAAUCAAUCCACCAGGCACCGCAAUUGGGCUUGUUGGCGAUACCGGGCCGGUGUUUGCCGUUCAGGCCAACUUCAUCGAUGGCGGUCUUAUACUCACUUUUGCUGGGCAACACAACACCAUGGACAUGACCGGGCAAGCAAGUAUCAUCAACUUGUUAUCGAAAACGUGUUCCACUCAGCCAUUCUCUGAAGAAGAGCUGUCGAUUGGGAACAUGGACAAGAGCAAAAUUAUCCCCCUACUAGACGACGAUUGGCAACCUGGCUCUCAACUCGAUCAUCAGAUGGCAAAGCCUCUACCACAAAACACACAACCGCGGUCAAAGUCCACUUGGGGUUAUGUCACCUUCUCUGCGGCCUCGUUGGAGGCACUGAAAUCUCAAGCAAUACAAACAAAAGAUCCCCAGACUGACUUUAUCUCAACCGACGACACGGUCAGCGCUUUCAUCUGGAAAUGCCUUUCUCGAGUUCGUGCAUGCCGACUCGAGCCUAAGACACCGUCAACGUUUGCCCGUGCAAUCGAUGCCCGACGGUACAUGGGAGUCCCUGCCACAUACCCAGGGGCACUAUCGAACAUGACAUACAACACGGAUUCGAUUGACAGCCUAGCUCAACAACCUCUGGGAAUUAUUGCAUCCAACCUCCGCAAGGAACUAGACCAAGAUCUAGCCUACAAGACCCGCGCCCUCGCCACAUUCCUCCAUCGCUGCACAGACAAGGCCAAGAUCCUUAUUACAGCGUCGGUGGAUCCUUCGGCGGGUAUUAUGCUGAGUUCGUGGGCUAAGGUCAAUCUUUAUGAUCUAGGUUUUAGUCUUGGGUUUGGGAGGCCGGAGACGGUGCGUCGACCGGUUUUCGUGCCAGUUGAGAGUUUGAUGUAUAUCAUGCCUAGGUCUCCAGAGGGUGAAUUGGCAGUUGCACUCUGUGUGCGAGAUGAGGAUUGGGAGCGAUUAGAAGUGGAUGAAGAAUGGACAAGAUACGCGAGAUAUGUAGGCUAAGUAGUAGUCACUGGCUAUAGGAGAUGAUUUCGUUGAAUAAAACUUUACAGUAGC